AAAAAAAAAAAACCUUUGCCGGGGAAGAAGGCGCAUGCGCGCGGCUGCAACUGCUCAGCUGGCUUGGGCUGGGAGGAAGGCGUUGCGCGGAUCCUCCCCUGCGCGCCUCGCUUGGGGAUCGGAGCUCGGGCGAAGGGAUUCCUUCCAUCCCUGCCUGCUUUUCUUCCUGGAAGUCUCCGGGCAGGGCUGAAAGAAACCUCCGGGCGGGGCUGCAGGCAAAAGCUGGGCUGCCCAGUCUCCCUCCGGGGAGGCUCUUGGCUGGAGCCCGGACAGCUCCCUCCGGGGAGCCAGAGGAUCCCGAGAAGCCCGGUCUCUUUGCCCCGAUCAUCGCCAGGGCUUGUCUCCUGGGUCGGAAAGCCAGUCUUCAAGGGUCGGUCCGAGGGAAGCUUAGCUCCGGAGGAGCCCCGCGGCUUGCCCUCUCUCCCCACCUCCCCAGCAUCAUCCUUGAUCCAUCCCGAAAUGAUUUAAUCUUUGCCUUGGAUGAGACGCUUCCAAACGGCGGCGACUUCUGAAGAAGCGUCUUUGGGGGAAAAAACCUCGGGAAUACAAGAAUUCGCAGAAACUGUUUUGGGUCUGGAAGCCUUUGAGUUAAAUGGCUGCUGAACGGCUCGGAGGAAAGGGGGAUGAUCCCUCCCUAGAGAUGCUCUUUGGGGGAAUCCCUCAGGAAGAUCCAUCUCAGAAGAGACGAUCAGUCUCAGAGACCAAAGCAACAUCGAUGGUAUCUUCUGGAACAUUGGUUGUCCAUGGUGGAGGAGCACUUGUUUUCCCAAGGAAGAAUUCCGUUUCCUUUGAGGAUGUCGCUGUGUUUUUCUCUGUGGAGGAGUGGACCCUGCUGGAUUGUGAGCAAAAGACUUUGUACCAAGAGGUCAUGCUGGAAAACGCAAAGAACGUGGCCUCCUUAACAGGUGACGGAUGGGAGGUGGAGAGUUCCGGCCAAGAGGCAGCAGCACCUUUGCCAAAAGACAAAAAGGAAGUUGCGGAAAAGUUUUCUGGAAAACCAAGUCCUGUGGAAAAAGAGUUAAAGGGGGAACCGGGGAAAUGCUCUACUUUACCAUCUGCAGAUAUCAACGUCUUCUUAGCCAAAGAUGUUCACCCAAAAAGAGACGCAUGUCCAAGGUGUGGAAAAGUAGCCACAGAUGUAUCAGGAUUAUGCGAUUGUUGCAGAAGCCACAUUGUAGCAAAACAGAAUGAAAGCGGAAAACGUUCCAGAAGGACCUUUCUCCUUACUUUAUGUCAGAGAAUACAAGGAGAAAAACCAUACAAAUGUCUGGUGUGUGGAAAAUGCUUCAAAGAUUUAAGUCAUUUUACUUCUCAUUAUAGGGUCCACACAGGAGAGAGACCGUACAAAUGCACAGUGUGUGGAAAGUGCUUCAAAAAUCCAAGUCAUCUUAUUUGCCAUACUAGGAUCCACACGGGAGAGAAACCGUAUAAGUGCACUGAGUGUGGAAAAUGUUUCACCGAAUCUCGUUCCCUCACUUGCCAUAAAAGAAUCCACACCGGGGAGAAACCGUAUGAAUGUAAAGAAUGCGGAAAGAGUUUCAAUCAAAAACAUAGUUAUACGGUACAUAACCGAAUCCACACCGGGGAAAAACCCUACGUGUGCUUGGAAUGUGGAAAAUGCUUCACCGAAUCAAGUUCCCUCACUUGCCAUAAAAGAAUCCACACCGGGGAAAAGCCGUACAAAUGCACAGAGUGUGGGAAAUGCUUCAGUGAAUCAGGUUCCCUUGCAUCUCACAAAACAAUCCACACAGGGGUGAAACCAUAUGAAUGCCAGGAGUGCGGGAAGAGCUUCAGAGCUUCAGUGUUACUUGCUUCCCAUAUAAGAAUCCACACCGGGGAGAAACCAUAUAAAUGUACGGAAUGUACCAAGAGCUUCCGUUCUGCAAAACACCUUAGUUUCCAUAAAAGAAAGCACUCAGGGGAGAAACCAUAUAAAUGCCAGGAGUGUGGAAAAUGCUUCACUGAAUCAGGUUCUCUGACUUACCACAAACGGAUCCACACCGGGGAAAAGCCCUAUAAAUGUAUGGAGUGUGGAAAGAGCUUCAGAGCGUCAAGUUUUCUUACCUCCCAUAAAAGGAUUCACACUGGGGAGAAACCGUAUAAAUGCAAGAACUGUGCGAUGAGCUUCAGUCAAAAUUAUCAGUAUGCUAUACACAACAGAAUCCACAAUGAAGAGAAACCAUAUAAAUGCACGGAGUGCGGAAAGGGCUUCCACAAGAACAGUCACCUUACGUACCACAAAAGGAUCCACACUGGGGAGAAACCGUAUAAAUGCAAAGAAUGUGGAAAGAGCUUCAUCCAGAAGUAUCAAUACACCGAACAUAACAGAAUCCAUACUGGGGAGAAACCAUAUAAAUGCACGGAGUGUGGAAAGAGUUUUAGAGCUUCCAGUUUUCUCACUUCCCAUAAAAAGUUCCACGCUGAAGAAAAACCAUAUAAAUGUCUGGAGUGCGGAAAGCCCUUCACUAAUUCGGGGUCCCUUGCUAUCCAUAGGAGGAUCCACACUGGGGAAAAACCAUAUCACUGUAAGGAAUGUGGAAAGAGCUUUAGUCAAAAACAUCAUUAUACUAGACAUAGCAGAAUCCACACCGGGGAGAAACCGUAUAAGUGCACGCAGUGUGGGAAAUGCUUUACCGAGUCACGUUCCCUUACUUGCCAUCAAAGGAUUCACACUGGGGAGAAACCAUAUGAAUGCGCUGAUUGUGGACGACGGUUUACUGAGUCCCGUUCUCUCACUUCCCAUAAAAGGAUCCACACUGGAGAAAAACCAUAUAAAUGCCUGGAGUGUGGAAAGAGUUUUAGAGCUUCAAGUUCUCUCACCUCCCAUAAAAGGAUCCACACUGGGGAAAAACCCUAUAAAUGCAAGAACUGUUCAAAGAGCUUCAGACAAAAAUAUAAUUAUACUAUACAUACUAGAAUCCACACUGGUGAGAAACCUUAUAAAUGCAUGGAGUGUGGAAAGAGCUUUCAUUCUCAAAAACUUCUCCCCUCCCAUAAACGGAUCCAUACAAGGGAAAGAACAUAUCAGGGCAAGAAAUGUGACAAAAGCUUCAGUCAAAAACAUCGUACUGAACAUAACACAAUCCACACUGGGGAGAAACCAUAUCAAUGCACGGAGUGUGGACAACGUUUCACUGAGUCGGGGUCCCUCACUUCCCAUCAAAAAAUCCACACGCAUGAAAAAUCAUAUAAUCGUAUGGGAAAUGGUAUUUAUUCAACAUCGGUGCCUAUAUGAGCACAGAAAAAAAAUCAUUCAAGAGAAACCCAUAAAAACAGACUAGAACUGCAUAAAUGGAUUGUGUGUCAAAAAUUUUGCAGAUUACACCCUUAAAGGUAAAGGUAAAGGUUCCUGUCGCACAUAUGUGCUAGUUGUUCCUGACUCUAGGGGACGGUGCUCAUCUCCGUUUCAAAGCCGAAGAGCCAGUACUGUCUGAAGACUUCUCUGUGGUCAUGUGGCCAGCAUGACUAAAUGCCAAAGGUGCACGGAACACUGUUACAUUCCCACCAAAGGUGGUCCCUAUUUUUCUACUUGCAUUUUAUUUUUACAUGUUUUCGAACUGCUAGGUUGGCAGAAGCUGGGACAAGUAACAGGAGCUCACCCCAUUAUGCGGCACUAGGGAUUUGAACCACUGAACUGCCGACCUUUCAAUCGAUCAGCUCAGCGUCUUAGCCACUGAGCUACCGCAUCCCCUAUUACAGCCUUAUCUUGUGCCAUAUGCAUCAUCGGACGUUGGCAAUCAUGUUACUGGUUUGUUUUGUUUUUUUACCACAAUUAAAUGCUAGAGAAUGGAAGAUAAGGAACAAUGAUUCUAAGGACAAUGGAGAAGAAUAACUACAACUGAUUACUUCAGUGAUAUUAAGCAUUUGUCCUUACAGAGCCUUGAAUCUAGUCUUUUUUGGAAGAUCUAUGAUACCCUUUACUGUUUGUAUCUCUCAAUCGAUUGCUGCUAGAAUCACCCGGCAGAGUGACAGUAGAGCAAUUCUAGAGUUCGCUCUUUUUGCAGCCAAAAUCUUAGUUUUCUCUUGUUGUCCAUCUGAUUGAUCAGACUGUUAAUUGUGAGGACUGUCAACACUUUUUGUGUUCUAUUAACUCUUCUGGUUUCCUCAGCGUAAUGGGAUUAAAAACACCAUGCUGGUUCUAAGGCAGAGAUGGGCAAUUUGAGCUUUGUUGUGAUAAUUUCUUGAAUAAAACUGUAUCUUUUGGUUUUCUCUCUUUCA